UGAAGACGACUUGACUCUUCUCGGUCCGGCAUCAUUUCUCUCUUUUCGGUUUUCCGGCUGCUCUCUGUCGGCGGUCUCAUCACUAACCGGUCCGGUUUAUCUCAUCGGCUGCACGCCGUUCUAACAUCUGUUAAAAGCAUUCACGUCCUGUAACUUACCAUCAUCUUGAUUAGGAUUGAAUAAAAAUGGCAACAACCCCUCUAGCCCAGGAGAAAGUGUGGUUCGAGAAGCCGAUGUACGAUAAAGCCGAGUGCCUUCAUUUUGAACGGCUGGCUAAGCCUACGCAAUAUAAUGAACUACUAACCAACAACGGUACUGGAAUUCGGACGAACUGCAAUAAUACACUGGUUGAAAAUGCCCAAAAUCAAAUUAAUCCAAAUCUACAAUCAAACACGGUAUCGAAAAAAUCUAAAAAGAACAAAUCGCCUGUCAAAGGGAUGGAGAAUACAACGAAUCUCGAUAAAAUAGAAUCUGUAGAAGAUGCUGUUUCAAAGGCAGAGGACUUGACCAAAUUCAAGCCGAAGGAGGCGAAAGAAAAAAAAAAUAAAGCUGAUAAAAAACAUGCAAACAAAAAAGAACAAGAAAAAGGUACUCGAGAUCAUAAAAAACCAGAUAGUCCAACAUUGAUGAACAAGGGAGGGCCACAAUUAUCUUGUCCAAUCGUACCUGCGCGCGGAAGUUUGGCCAACGAAGUAGCGAAGGCUCGUCAACAUAUUAAACAAUCUUUGCAGUGUGUAGAUAGCAUUGCCACUUUUGCAACAACAAGCGGUUCUAGCCCAGAAUAUGGGUCGCGCAUUGUUGUCUUGGAAAAAGAGAACCAGGAAUUGAAAAACAUCGUUGCUGAACUUAAGAGCAUCGUUGGACGACUAGAUGAGCGCGUCAAAAUUCUGGAGGACCGACCACCAGGCAUUGAUCCAAUGAGGAUUGCAAUUUGCCCAGCCAAACCGCCAUCGCCGACGCCGCCAAAACCAACUGCUAAGGAUGAUGAUGACGACGAUGUCGAUCUGUUUGGCUCAGAAUCAGAGGGUGAAGAUGAGGAAGCUGCCAAAGUAAGAGAAGAACGUCUCGCUGCUUACGCUGCUAAGAAAUCAAAAAAACCCGCACUGAUUGCAAAAUCAAAUAUCAUCUUAGAUGUCAAACCAUGGGAUGACGAAACUGACAUGAAAGCCAUGGAAACUGAAGUCAGAAAAAUUGAAACAGAGGGCCUUCUCUGGGGUGCCGCCAAACUUGUCCCACUGGCGUACGGUAUCCACAAGCUGCAAAUAUCUUCUGUAGUCGAGGAUGAGAAGGUCUCAGUUGACUGGCUGACAGAGCAGAUUGAGGCUAUCGAAGAUUAUGUUCAAAGUGUCGAUAUAGCUGCUUUCAACAAAAUUUAAAUCAAUAUCGGCCGACCCAAAUUGUUGACCAUCAACUUUUCGGUAUUUGGUCAAAGAAACAACCGAGUGUACAGAUAAAAUAUUAAAUAUGUCGCCGUUUUCUCAUUCCACUAGCAAUAUCAGCAUUCACAAUUUAAAGAAAAAAAACAACAAAAAAACAGGAAUUAUACAAUAAUAAUAAUAAUAAUAAUAAUGAUGAUAGAAUUUAAAUAUUACUCUAUACAAACUUAUCAAUUUACGGCAAAUAUCUUUAGUCAGUUAGCUGAAUUUGACACGCCAUAUCUAUGGAACCAGGGACAACGAUACGGUGCGUAAUUACAGCAACUGAUGUUCUUCAAGCCUUAGAGAGGCGUUUGAUGUAUGUUUAUGAGAUGAGAGAGACGUCAACAUCCUUCGUGGGUCGAUAUACAAUGAUAUUUUGACUAUCAGUCACCGAACUUGUUUCCCAGGGUGCACAAAAAAUCAGGAGCAUUGUUUGGAAACGUCAAGUUGUCGCUCGAAUUAAUUAAAUAUCAAUGAGAAAAACAGUAGUGAUGAAAAAAUGUUUUCAAUAGUGUGUCAGAGCAUUGACCGUUUCGGUUUCUGUCCUGAUUCAGUUAUUCUGUGUACUUGUUUUGAUUGUUAUUUAGUCUCUGUUGAUAAUUACAGUGAUGAUAAUUGUUUUAAACAUCUUUUAACUCAUGCGCAAAUGCCAUACACGUUAUAAUACAGUGUGUAUACAUAGCUAUAUUCUAUACAUUGGUUAUCUUUAUAUGCCCACAUUAUUGUAACUAUUAUUGUUAUUCUAUUACAUAAACAUCUCAUUGAUACUGUACAUCCGUAAUUUCAGAUGAUCUUUGCAAUGAGAACCUCUAUAUCUAUGGUAAGAAUAAUAAUUGGUAACACGGCGUCA